AUGUCGUCCUCUACCUCCCGCGUGGUAGACAUACACACACACAUGUACCCUCCCUCGUAUAUCCAAAUCCUGGAAUCGCGUUCCCAAAUCCCCCUCGUCCGCAAGUUUUCUCAAGCACCUGAUCCGAGACUCAUCCUUCUGGAGGCUGAGGUCAAAGCAUUGGAAGAUGCGACACACAACCCCGAUGCAAAACCACCUGGGCGGCCUCUAACCUCGCAUUACGCAUCGCUUGCGCAAAAGUUGCACUUCAUGGAUACGCACAGGAUUGAUAUAUCUGUCAUAUCCCUGGCGAAUCCAUGGCUAGACUUUCUAAGCCCAUCAGAGUCAGGCCCAAUCGCGCAGUCCGUCAAUGAAGAAUUCUCGCGCAUGUGCAGCGAUCACCCUGGAAGACUCUUUUUCUUCGGAACACUUCCUUUGACAGCAGCUCUCGAGACUGUCCUCGCCUCUAUAGAACAUCUUCGGGUCCUCAGAUACUGUCGCGGGGUCAUUCUGGGCACUUCAGGACUCGGGAAAGGCCUAGACGACCCUGAUCUUCUCCCCAUAUUCGAGGCUCUCGCAACAACAGGACUGACUGUCUUCCUACAUCCUCACUACGGUCUCCCGAAUGACGUCUGGGGACCUCGAGCGAGCGCCGAAUACGGGCAUGUGCUUCCUUUGGCCCUCGGCUUCCCUAUGGAGACAACAAUCGCUGUAGCCAGGAUGUACUUGGCUGGCGUUUUCGACAAAGUCCCAGAACUGCGCAUGAUCCUCGCCCACAGUGGCGGAACCCUGCCUUUCCUUGCUGGGAGGAUCGAAAGCUGCAUCAUGCAUGACGGGCAGCUGCUUCGUGAAGGCAAGCUCAACAAGGGCCGCCGAACAGUGUGGGAGGUCUUGAGGGAGCAGGUUUAUCUUGACGCUGUUAUUUACUCAGAAGUUGGGCUCAAGGCAGCUGUUCAAGCUAGCGGUGCUGACAGGCUUAUGUUUGGCACAGAUCACCCCUUCUUUCCACCACUUUCGACUGAUGAACAAGGUGAAUGGGAGAGCGUGAGCCUGAAUGCAGAGGCCGUUGCUCUUGCAGUGGGACAAGACACGGGGGACUUCAAGAACGUUAUGGGGAUGAACGCUGUCAAAAUAUUGCGGCUCGACACUGAAUCGUGA